GAGAAAGAAAGCAACUCGUGAAUUGAAACGAUCGGAAAAUGCGCCCAAUUUAAAAAUCAAAGUUGGCAUCGUAAGGCUCUUGAAGACGAGAUUGGUAAGGCAACAGGAACUGUGCGGCGAAGUCAGAACACGGUUUUCUGAACGCCUCCCGCUCGGUCACCCCAGACAGAGCUCCUUGAACGGGGAGAAAGCGUUUGCCUUACGAGCCGCUGGUUUUCGUCUGUUCAGGGGCUCUCCGCUCUUAAAAGCCAGGGUUUCCAUAGGGGCUCCCAGAAGGUGGGCCUCGGGGCUCCAGCUUACCCCCCCCCCAGGGCGGCUCAGCGCUCGCUCCUCCGCUCGGGAAAGGCUCGUCCGUGGCGGCGACGGGCUUCGGGGAGGCGCAUGCUCUGCAGAGGCGGCGCCCUCGGCCAGCAGGUGGUGCUGCCCGCUUGACUCGCUCGCCUGAGCCUGAGCGCGGAGAAAAGUUGGGGGAGAGAGAACCGGGGAAGGAGGAAGAGGGCGGCAGCGGCGUUUCCAUUUGCAGGAGCAGCGAGGAGCGCCUCGGCGGCGUGUCUACGAGUGUGUGUGUGUGUGCGUGCGGGGGGUGCGCGUGCAGGCAGGCAGGCGUGCAGGCGUGCGUUCCCCUUCUCUAUAUAGGAUGUACCGCCGAAUGGUUGGCUCUUUGCUGUAAGCACGCGUGCGGCUCGCCCUGCCUUGCGAGAAGCGCUGGGCACCAGCAGCAGCUGCCGCUGCUCCUCUUUCUCCCGGUCGGCGGGAGCAACCCAGGCAGCUCCACCGACGGGCUCUCGCUUUUCCCGGCCGCCGCCGCCGCUGCCGCUGCUAUCGCCUGCCUUUUCCUUCCCUGCGCCGGCGGGAAGUCUCGAUGUGCUGCCGCCAAUGGCUGGGGCACAGCCAGGAGUCCACGCUCUCCAGCUCCAGCCGGUCCGCGUCUCGGCCAGCCUCAAGAAGGGCGCCACCUUCGUCAAGUGGGACGACGAUUCUACUGGUGUGACAUCAGUUUUUCUUAGAACAGACCCACAAGGAUUUUUCUUAUACUGGACAGAUCAAAAUAAGGUGCAGGAAUCUGAACUGUUAGAUGUCAGCCUUGUGAAAGAUGCCCGAUGUGGGAAGCAUGCCAGAGCCCCUAAGGUAGGAAAGAUUUCUUUGUACAUUCCAGAUGUUGCAAUGAUCAUUUAACAUGCUGCAUGAAGAACAUAC